GGGGAGGUGACGGGCGCGCUCAGCGCCGCCUUCAGCGGGCCCAAGAUCGCCUUCUACGUGGGGCUCAAGAGCCCGCACGAGGGCUACGAGGUGCUCAAGUUCGACGACGUGGUCACCAACCUGGGCAACCACUACGAGCCGGCCACGGGCAAGUUCACGUGCCAGGUGCGCGGCAUCUACUUCUUCACCUACCACAUCCUCAUGCGCGGCGGCGACGGCACCAGCAUGUGGGCGGAUCUCUGCAAGAACGGGCAGGUGCGGGCCAGCGCCAUCGCGCAGGACGCGGACCAGAACUACGACUACGCCAGCAACAGCGUGGUGCUGCACCUGGACUCGGGGGACGAGGUGUAUGUCAAGCUGGACGGUGGCAAGGCACACGGGGGCAACAACAACAAGUACAGCACCUUCUCGGGCUUCCUCCUGUACCCCGACUAGCCCAGAACCCCAGCGAGCCACCGAGCGCCGUGGCCCACCGCCUGCUGCGGGCCACGUUAGCUGCAUUAGCCAUCUGUACGUUUUGUUUUGCGGUGGAGGCGAGCGAGCUCAUCCCUCCCCACAGCCACAGUGCAUCUGUCCCCGUGUGUGUCACUAGGAGUUCAGCUGCUGCUUGAAGCGGACUAGCACGUGUCAUGGGCCACGGGGGGGAAGCCACGGACUGCCGAGCCCGGCCCCCUGCACGCUGCGCCUCCCUGCGGUCACCGGCCAGGCUCCUGGCGAGGUGGGCUGGCCGGCCACAUGCACCGGCUCUUCCUUGCUGCUUUUGUUUGUAUAGGGUCAAGUGUAACUUUUCGUUUACGUGCAAUGCAAUCCUCGUGUGAAUGAUGGUGUCAUGAAUCCUGCUGUCCCCGGCUGCCCGACCAGCGCAUCACCAACGACGGCAACAACA